AUGCAACUCCGACUGUUGAUGCUAUGUAUAGCCACUCUUACGAGUGCCCAAUUCUUUGUCAACUUUGAUCAGCAACUGGAGGACCGUCCUAGGGUAUACACAGUGGUCAAAGAAGAAGUCGGACGACUGGAUAUCCCGGCAAAGUCCAGCUCCAAGAACGACGAUGAAAAGGCUCCUCUUGGGUCUGAGCUGACGGCGCGCCAAGCCCUCGACGUAUUGCUGGGCAAGCGGCAGUCCUGUGCUCAAGGGUUUGGAUACUGUGCCAGCGCCGGAGGUUGUUGCGUUGCGAAUAGCCUCUGCUGCUCGUACGGAUACUGCCAUACCCAAGGGUCCGCCUGCUGCCCAAACGGACCGUGUGCAGCCGGCCAAACAUGUUGUGGCUAUAGUCACUGCAUGCCUAAGGGGGACCAAUGUUGCUCAGAUGAAUCCCAUUGUCCGGCGGGUAACCACUGCUACCUCUCCGGUUUGACGCACAGAAUGGUGUGCUGCACCGACGCCAAAUGCACGGCACAUGUGGACGAUGGAAAAACGACAUAUGCGCCGACCACGACGAGCACACAUACGUACACCACCACUUACUAUCAGUACUAUUACUGGACUGUGACCUGGUAUUACUGGUAUUACUACUGGACUUACUCGAUCGACAUCCAUGCAUCGAUCGUGACCUCGUCCCGUUCAACCACCUGGACUACAUUCAGUGUCAAGACAACGGAUGCCAGUGCCGCUUCCGAAUACUUCAGUUCCAAGUCGAGAACACUGUCUCUUCCCACGCCUGCCGCGGCUACUUCCCUUGAGUCUCUGGCUGGGAGCACAUCAUUCGCGUCUUCGCCGCCCUCCGACUCUCCGAGUGAGAGCCCUAGUCCGACUGAUAAGCCGACCUUUUCGAUGCCGCCCCCGCCAAGUGCUACUCCAUUUGUGCCGGUUGAUGGUACUAGCAGUACGAGCAAAUCGAAAAGUAGCAGUACCACAACUCUGCUUCGAAGUGGUGGCGAUGAUAAUGGCGGCGACAAAGGUGACGGUUCGUCCGGGGCAGCGCCUUUGUGGGCGGGAUCAGAUUGGAGGACGGCUUGGGUCCUGGUGCUUGGUGCUGGGACUGGGUUACUAGCUGUGAUCCUAUAA